AUAUAAAAAUAAUGAGUCACAUAUUACACAGAAAUACAAGCGGCCGUGUUUUACCGAAGAGUCCAGUAACAGCGGGAUCCCAUUAGCUGCUGUGGUACACCUGAGACUCAGUGUAACGCAGCUGUCAUCCAACACCUCCAACAGCGCGGAAGAAUCAGGAAACUCAAACUUUCAUCCCCCCUCCUCUCCUCUUCCUCUUUUGUUUGUUGAGCAGACUAGUUUGCCGCCGAUCGUUUGGAGGAAUUAGACAUAGAAAAGGAGGCAGGAUCGAUCACAUGAUGACUAAGCUAAACCGGCUCCUCAUAUCUUUUGUUCAGAGCAGGUUUUAGUGAGUCUCCUGCUGGUCUGUGGCUGACUGUGUGACAUGGAUCUGAGCUGCCAGGACUGGAUGUCAGCUUUACCCGAGGAGCUGUGGGACAUUCCUCUGACAAACCUGGCCAUACCAGGGAGCCAUGAUGCCAUGAGUUACUGUCUGGACAUAAACUCCCCUUUGGUCCGGUCUGAAUCAGACUGGUUCAGGCUCCUGGAUAAACUUUUCUACUGCUUUACCAGACCAGUCAUUUUCAAAUGGGCUACAACUCAGGACAAAAGCAUUGAGGAUCAACUUUCCGUGGGGAUUCGGUACUUCGACCUCCGCAUUGCACACAAAUCCAACGAUCCAUCCAGCGACCUGUACUUCACACACAUCAUUUACACACAUUUAACAGUUUUGGAAACACUGUUGUCUGUUGCCACCUGGCUGGACUCUCACCCAAAGGAGAUUGUUAUCCUUGCUUGCAGCCAUUUUGAGGGAAUUGACGACAAACUCCAUCAAGCCUUUAUUUUAUCCCUCAAGAAGCUGUUUGGCUCAAAACUCUGUCCCCAGAAAGAAUCAGUCCUGACCCUGCGGAGUCUAUGGGCAUCUGGUUACCAGGUCGUCCUGUCCUAUGACUCCCAGUCUGCAGUGAGACAUCAGGAACUGUGGCCUGCUAUCCCCUACUGGUGGGCCAACCAGCGCACAGCACAGGGAGUGAUCAGUUACCUGGACAGGAACAAAGACCUGGGACGUCCAGAAGGCUUCUUUGUCUCUGGCCUGAACCUGACAGCUGACAGGUUUUACAUUGCCGAGAACCCGAAGCAAUCCCUGCGGACACUGACCUUCAGUAACUGGGAGUGUUUGAGGAAAUGGCUGAUGGACCAGAGACCUGGGCCAGACCCCACCUGCCUUAACAUUAUUGCAGGAGACUUUGUGGGUCCACUCCCCCUCUGCUCUCUCAUCAUUGCACUGAACCAAAAACUUCUGCAGAAGAAAGCCGUUUGAUAAAAACAUUAUUUAUCUUUUCUACAUCUCAGUCAAUUAUUUAUAUACACUUUUGUCUGCAUUGGAGAUUCAGUGUCUAACUUUGAGAAAAUCCCUCUUAUUAAUAACACAAGUGUCAGGUAAGUUAACUGCAAUCACUGCCCUGUUGCGUAUGCUCACAUUUGUACUCAACAAACACGCCUUCCACAAGACUGAAGUUGUUAGUUGGACUGCUGGUUACAUGUGACACUAACCAGCUAACUAACUGUUUGCAUAUUACUCCAUCAGCCAAAGCAACUGACACCGUGCAGCCAAGUUACAGCCAGCCAGGUAGCCUGCAACACCAGCUGACAAAGUAAUUUGUAAAUGGCAAGUCAACCAAUCCACCGGCCAGAUCAGCCCUUUUGAGUCUGGCAGUGCUUCUUAAAUUUAGGGAUGGUUCCUUGGUAAUUCAGGCCCUUAAGAGACUAUGCAAGACUCCUUCCAUUCGGGGGACACAUAUUUUGGAACAAGCUACUGAGUGUGCAUCAUUGGAGAGUUCCAACCUUUCGUGCAUAUUGCAUACUGUGAUGCCAUCCCUUCUCAUUCACCAUUUCUAUAAAGGCUGCCUAAGUGACAGCUUCAAUUGAUGGUACCUUCAGUGCGCCAAGGAUACAUACAGGCAGCCUCGAAAAAUCUGUCAACACUCUUUUGGUGGCAUUCAAUGACAUAGCAGCCUUGAAAUUGAGCCGUUUGAGAAUCCUUCCUUGACUCUGACAUGUACCUUAGAUAAAUUAGCUGACUUUCACUGCAUUAGCUAUCUAACAUUAGCCAGCCUUACAGCACAGCUUUUAUUUUAGAAUUUGUGUUCUUCUCUGUGUUGUUUGUUGGUCUUUUGUUGACAUUCGCGGACUACAUUUCUCAGCUAAUGUUAGCUAGCGUAGCACGCUGUUUACGCCAUGGAAGGGAGUAAGAGGGGCACGCAAGGCACUCAAGAGCGUGCAUAAACGUCAUAUCCUUUGGAAUUCUGUAUUUAUUCCAUUCAAUUAAAAUGUUCUGAAUUUGCAAUGGAUAUGUUUGCAAGAAAAUACAUUGUUCUUUACUAAA